AUGCCAAGCCCCGCCAGCGAGAAGCAGGAGAAGCUGCGAUACUGCUGCAUUGUGCUGCAUCACGACGAGGGCACCGCGGCUCACGCCCAGCCCUGGGAGCGCGGGGACGGCAGCGAGGGCGGGGGGCGGGCGCGGGGGGGGGGGGGUGCCGAGCCGGAGGAUGGGACGCACGGGGGGAGGGACGCGGGGCCGCCGCCGCCUCCGGCUCAGCUGCAGCGCGGCGCAGCCGGGACCACGCCUGGCCGCAUCCCCGGCACCGUUACGCGCAGAGCCGGGCCCUGUCAACGCCGCCCCCGCUCCCAACCCGCCAGGGCCAGGGAGAGGGCACCUGAAAAUACACUCUCCGCUGCCCACUCCGCACCCACCCCCGCGCCCCGGGCGCGCUGCGCCCUGCCGGAGGGAGGAGGCGGCCGGGGCAGGGAGGAGGAAUCGGCGCCGCUGCGCCGGAGAUGGGGCCGGGCGGCAGCCUCACUGUGGAGCCCGCCGCCCCCCGCUCCGCACCACCCGACCCAGGCUCCCCGCGCCCCCCCCCCCCCCGCCUGUGCUCUGCACCCUCCCCGCCCCCACGCCCGGGCGCAGGACAGCGACGGGCAGACGCGUCCUUCGGCCCUAGGCCCGCGCCCUCCGCCCGCCCGCUGCCGCCGCGGAGCCCGCUCAGGAGGCAGCCCCACCGCCCACGCAGCUCCUGCUAGACUCGAGAGCCGAACCUCGGGCGCGUCCGCGCUCUCCCAAGCCGAGGCUCUUCCCGGACCCAGCCGCGACUCGUCUCCCGCGAUGGGGACAGACCGGGGCUGGCCCGGGUGCGGAGUGCACCGCUACCGCCGCUGCUCGAGCCGAGAGACAAUGGGGGCUUUGUCCGCACGGCCGGCAAGGGCCAAUUUCACGUUUAAUUUGAGGCUAAUUUGAUUAUCGCCAUGGAAAGGGGCAGCCUAAUUUUCUGCGUGACUGGGCAGCCUCUUUCCCCCCGCGAUGUUUGCGUUUGGAACGCGGUGGAGAGAGUGUUUAGGGAGGUUUGGGAACGUCAUGUGCAUGGUUGGUUUUAGAUUUGGGUGGUGAUGCCUUGUAGGUUCCGCCCAGCGGGGAGAGGAUGACGGUGACCUCUGAGGAAACCUUGGGCGUUGUGGGGAGGGGAUUGUUCCUCGGCUAGGUUAAUGUUUUCCUCCUCUGUGGAUGCUUUUUCACCCUUUCCCCUGGGCUCGCUGGGAACAGACCCUACAAGUGGUUCAUCAACUCCUGUUUCUCUCGCCCAGCACUGGCUCAACUUCAUCCUGAGACCGGUGCUCUUACCUAGUCACUCUUCGGGGAUGGGCCAUCCCGGCUUGGGUGGAGGCCGUCGCCGGAGUGGCUUGAGGACUGGAGUUCUCCCCUACCCCAGUUCCCUGAGACUGACACCGGACGUUUCCUCGAGUUUUUUGUCAAGUGCCAGCGCCUCUUGCCAACCAGUUUGCCCACCCUGUCAGCCCCCUCGGCUGUGUAGAGAAAUUGUGGGACCGCCACUGUCUGGAAGAAGAGAUGAUGGAAUCACCAUGAGCACGAACAGAAAUGCUGUUUAGAAAACAGUCUGGAGAAGUGGACUUUUUCCCUGCUCUGUAAGGUGCCCAGCGCUACUCUGGGCAUUCAGAGGGAAGAGGUCCCUUCCUGGAUGAAAAAGCCCCACAGUUUUUUCUCCUAAAAACCUGAACACCUGGAUAAAAACAGACAUACAAAAUAGUUAAAUAGUUUGGAUCAUGCUUAUAGCUCAAAUUAAUAGAACCCAGCCUGAUGGGUUUAUAUUUUUAUAGGGUUUUUUUAAAUGAAAUUUUAAAAAUAAAACUAAAUGAUAUUGUUACACUA